GAAAAUUUCGUCGUCCUCCGAAACGGGACGAGUCAGUAACGACGUGUUAUGUUUUGUUUUUUCAUUUAUUUUAAUCGACUCUUGACCUGAAGAAAAAGCUUCGUCUCUUCUUCGCAAGGAAGGAGGGGGAAGGUGAAGGAAACCUUCUUCGAAAAUCCCUUCCCUUCUUUAAUAAGAUGAAGAAUCAGUAUAGUCUUGGAAUUGAUGGUUUACGAAGCUCUCUUUCCCCUCCCCCCAUCGAUUCAUCUUCUUCCAAAUCUGAACACGAAGAUUCUAUCUUUCGUGAUUAUACUCUAGACCUCUCCUUCUUAUCCUCCGAUGAUUCUCUAUCCAACUUGUCUCGCCAUGUGGACACAACCAAAGAAAGACAGAUUGUAGAGGACAAGACAGUCCCUAAUCCACUUGUCUCGAAACUGCCUGAGAUGCUGAUUGUGUCCUCCACUGUUGCUGGUGAUGGCAAAUUGGAACUUUCAUGUCCCAACACAACUUUAUUAUCUGAAAAUUCUUCAACAGACUCCGAGGAAGAUACUCCUUGCUGGGUAGGAAUAAACUCUCGCAAGACUCUCCCCUCAGGUGCCACCUGCAGGCGCUCUACUACUGAUGAUCUCACUGGGUUUCCUAGGUUGAAUCCAUUGGCCCCACAGUUCAUACCAUCCAACUCCAAGAAGAUUCUUGAAAAGGAUGUGAAAAGCUGUGAAGAGAAAGGCUCUUCUUCUUCCUCUUUGAAGAAGUCUCUCUCUUCGGAUUUUCCAUCAUCGUCGUCAGGUGAAAGUUUGGGUUUUGUAUCUCAAGAUGAGUUCCAACAAUCUAAGAGGUUGGAUCCUUUGGCCCCUCUGUUUGUUCCCUCCAAUGCAAAACUAAGUCAUGAAAAGCAAGUAGCUUUUGAGACAACUUCUGCUCUUACUUAUUCAGAUAAUAAGUCGCUAGGGAAGGUCAAGGUAGAUACACCUUUGGGUUCAUUCAAUCCUUGGCUUGAAACCAAAGUUGGUAUUACUGAGUCUGCAAAACUAGGAAGCUCUAGCAACAAGUCUCCUGGUCAGAGGAGACUGAAUCCAUUGGCUCCUCAGUUCUCUCUUGCUGAUACUAAACCCAAAGCAUAUAGGUAUGAGAAGUCCUCAAUGUAUGUGGAACCGUUACUUCCCAACAUGUCACAUGGAAGUUCUUCGCUUAUAUCUCCAACAGCGGACAGUAACUUUGGGUCUACUAAGUGGUAUGCGGUGGAGCCAAACACUACUCUUCCAUUUCACGUGGUGGAAACUGCAGCGAGUUCGUAUUCAAGGAACGCGAAAGCUUUAUCUGGUGGCUCAUCUCCAAAGAUGGAUGUGAUGAAACUGCUUACGACGAUUCAUGGACUGUCAGAGUUGCUAACACUUGCACAUGGUUCGGAAUCUUCAGAUUCACCGGAAGAGCUUGAUCUCAUUAACAGUACUGUACAGAAUCUCAACAUGUACAUCCAAAAUGGCAUUCAGGAACAGGCUGUGAAUCAAAGCCUUGUACAACACCAUUCAUAUGAUCUACAGCUUUUAUCUAACAAGAGUAAGACAAACAAUAUGACCGCCGACCUUGAUGUUAGAAGGAAAGGGAAAUACUCUGUGGUCUCAGGGGAGACGUUUCCAGAUUCUGGUUUGUAUCAAUAUGGUGUGACCAAAGAUAACGGCUUUGGUCAGGUUGUGGCUAAAAGUGGUUACCAGCAGAAUCAUCAAGGCGAGGAGCAGAUUAACCAGCAUGCACUGUUCUAUAAAAGCUUAUGGCUAAAGGCUGAAGCAGACAGGUGUUUGAUGGUUUACGAGACUUCUCUUUCGAAUCCUGGUUCUUGAGGGUAUCAGAAAGGCUUCCACAAGGGGGACCUUCAGAUCAUUUCCUUUCGAUUAAUGCAGGUUGGCCGGUAAAAUUUCGGAGAACAAGGCUGACAUGUGUUGUGACUAAACGUGCAGAAGGAUGAAGUUGGUUCUUUUUUUUUUCUAUUUACUUUAAUUUUCAUGCUAGAUGACUGAAGAGAAUAAAUUUGAUUAUAAUCUCAGUACUUAAAACUUGCAUAAUCCUUACUGAUCAAAACUUGUUUUUCUUUUUGCCAGAAUCUGGGUACUGUUUGGUCGGUGGAGCCUUUUGAUUGCUGGAGAUUUUAAUGUUUUUUUUUUUUGCUACGUGGUCCUGAUCUUUUGGAUUCUAAGAUGUAUGUAUAAACAAACGAUUUGUAACUUCUCUCUUAGCUGUCAUUACGCUCUUUGUAAUAUAGUGAUUUUUCUUACAAACUUACACAA